GGCGCGGCUCUUCCGGCGGGCGGACAAUGCGGUUCCGAGUCGCGGUGCUGGGCUGCGGUGGCGCCUGUCCGUAGCCGGAGGCAGGAGCGGCCGCGGGUGCCAGCGCGGGGACGCGGCCCGACGCUACAGGUGUGCCAAAAUGUCAGAAAGAUCAGAUAUUCUUCAUUUCAAGUUUGACAAUUAUGGAGAUUCAAUGUUACAGAAAAUGAACAAACUGAGGGAAGAAAACAAGUUUUGUGAUGUUGUGGUCCAUAUAGAUGAUGUUGAAGUUCACGGGCACAAAAUUGUCUUUGCUGCUGGCUCUCCUUUCUUAAGAGAUCAGUUCUUACUGAACGACUCCAGAGAUGUAAAAAUCUCCAUCCUGCAGAGUUCAGAAGUGGGGAGGCAGCUGCUUCUCUCAUGCUACAGUGGCACUCUGGAGUUCCCUGAAAUGGAACUGGUGAACUACCUGACUGCUGCGAGCUUUCUGCAGAUGAGCCACAUCGUGGAGCGGUGCACUCAGGCCCUGUGGAAGUUCAUCAAACCCAAGCAACCGCUGGAGAGCAAAGAGUGUGAGCAGCAGAGCGACUCUUCUGAGCUGAAGGAACAUCAGGGAGACGAUGACUCUCUGCAGCAAGACUCGCCCUGCAUUCAGCCUUCGGAGGACAGCAUGGACAUGGAGGAUAGUGAUAUUCAGAUCAUCAAGGUGGAGUCCAUUGGGGAGGUAACAGAAGUUAGGAAUAAGAAGGAUCAGAAUCAGUUUAUUUCUUCUGAACAAACUGCACUGCAUUCCUCAGAGCCUCAACACUUUCUUAUCAACUCCACUGUUGAGAACAGAGCAAGUGAAAUAGAGCAAAACCACCUCCACAACUAUGCCCUUUCGUACGCGGGCAGCGAUAACAUCAUUCUGGCCUCUAAAGAUAUGUUUGGGCCUAACAACCGAGGGAUAGACAAGGGCCUCCAGUGGCACCAUCAGUGUCCAAAGUGCACGAGAGUAUUUCGGCAUCUGGAAAACUAUGCUAACCACUUAAAGAUGCAUAAACUAUUUAUGUGUCUGCUCUGUGGCAAGACGUUCACUCAGAAGGGCAAUCUCCACCGGCACAUGAGAGUGCACGCAGGCAUCAAACCAUUCCAGUGUAAGAUCUGUGGGAAAACGUUCUCUCAGAAAUGUUCCUUACAGGACCACCUCAACCUGCACAGUGGGGACAAGCCCCACAAGUGUAACUACUGUGACAUGGUCUUUGCGCAUAAGCCCGUUCUGAGGAAACACCUCAAACAGCUGCACGGUAAAAACAGCUUUGACAAUGCCAAUGAAAGAAACGUGCAAGACAUAACGGUGGACUUCGAUUCAUUCACAUGUAGCGCUGCUACAGACAGUAAGGUCUGUCAGCAGGCUGAUGCCAGCCAGGUACUGGAUGCAGGGAAGCUGCCUCAGGCUGUGCUCGGUUUAAGAAACGAUAGUACCUGCGUCAAUUAAGCAAUUAAAACUCUCCCUGUGUAGGGAUCGUGACUGAGAGGAGCAAACCGUCGGUUUGGCUUCCUCCCUAAACUAGUGGUGUGCCCUGAAAGGCUACAGAUGGUUGGAUUGCAAAACCUGGCAGGUCUUCAGCCAUCACUCUUAGUCUUACUUGAUAUUUUCUGUGAAUAGCAAUCCUCCUUCAGGUUUCUGUCUAUGUCUCUACUGUGGAUUAAGGGGUUAAUAGUUUCAUUUCUCUCUGAUUAGGAGACUCAAGACUAACACCUUUUGAAAGACUGUUGCUGUGGGCUGCAAGUAAACCAUCUGCUGUGCAGUUAGAGGCCUCUCUGUGUCUGGGCAGAUGGAGGAAAGCAAAGAGGACAAGUGUGUGAGAUAACCCAAUAUUUUUUUUAAAAGGCACUGGAUAACUGAAAACACUCCAUAUACUCAAAUUUAAACUUACCUCUUAAAAUUACCUUUCUCUGAUCUUACCCCUAGACUCCUGCAGUUGAAAUGAAGUAUUUUUAUGUCACUUUUUUGCCCUUUCUAAACCUAUUUCAAGAAAUUUCUGCUGCCAAUCAAUGCUCUCUUAAAAACUCUCAGGGUUUUUAACCUCAACAUGCAUUAUGAAAAGAUGAAACCCUAAAUGAUUUGGCAGGGUUAGCUGAUCAUUGCAUAGAGCUGUUCAAACUGAGGAUAAAUUGCAGCUCUGGAAUGUGAGAGGCUGGUGCCUGGAGUGCAAAUGUGACCUGUUCUUACGCUGGCAUACCUGGGAUUUUUAAAGGGCACUUGCCAGUGCAUGUACUGAGACAAGCUAAACACUUCAAAGCUAAAAGUUAUCCUCCAUCUUCCAUAAGUUUUGCAUCACGAACCACAACAGCUGUUGGGUUUAGAGCAAAGCUGGAGUGGAGAAAUACUGCUUUUUGACACUGUGAAAAGAAUCUUUUUUAAAGCUGCAAUGUGUAACAACUCCACGAUUUUUUUUUUUGCUUUUUUCCCUCCUUAGUUCUUGUACGUCUCUCCUCGAUGUCUAAUAAGGGCCACGUGUCACUUAACUUUAAACAAAAAUACCUGCUAUAAGAACUUAACAUAAAGUUUUUUGAUUUCUUGAAGUUUUUUGAAGUGACCAUUAGUGUUUUACAGAUCCUAGGAUGAGGUAUAGGUAGCACAAUUUCUAUAGGUUAAUAUAUCAGCUAUUGACUGUACUCAGCAAUACCUCUUGUAUACCGCCUUAAACAUCAAAAUGUAGCGGGAAUGGCAUGUUAAUUUGGAUUCUGGGAUUAUACCAUACUGCUUCUCAAAAGUGCUGUGGAAUUAUCCGCAUCCCAGUCAGGCUGAAAGAAGCUUAAUUCAUCUGAGGCACACCAUUCCCAGUAGAACAGCACUGUUAGUACUGAAGUGUAGCAUAGACUAAUAAUCAAAUGGCUGAUCCUCAGCAGAGAACUGCUGUUUGUGUUUGGAGUAAGGAUUUCUUCCAGUGCAGCUCUUUUCCACAAGGUUUGCCGUGAGGCUGAGAUUAUGCUUCCUACCUAAACAUAGUACUGUUGGUGUGUUUGAAUGAGGGGUGGGGUGAAAGGCUGCUAUUGUACGGUUAAAAAUGUUAAACAGGUAUGACCAAAGGUGUGUAGAGCAAAAAGUGUUGUGUAUGUCAUUAUCAAAAGUUGGUCUUGCUCUUCA